UGUCUCGUGUCAAGCGCAUCCAGCAUCGGUAUUGAUGUCCGUCCGACAGGUGGCGCUAGUGGCGACUCUCCGGGCAGCAGAUCGUUUUGUUGACGGAAGUUCCCACGGAAGAAGAGACGAGCCGCGAUGGUGCGGGUGAAGUCGAGGUACUUACUGUGCGAAGUGAACGUGUCGGAGCGGAGCAGCCUGCUGCUGCUGGAUGACCGAGCCGUCGCAGCGGCGGUGAAGGCGGCGGUGGCCCGCACACACGGGGACUAUGGAGCAGCCCUGUGCAGCAUCAGGUUCUCAGUGAAAUAUGUGAAUGCUCACACUGGCAUCGUGUUCCUGCGCUUCCCCAAGAGCUGCUACAGACUGCUGUGGUCUGCGCUGCCGUUCAUCACCAGCGUGGAAACUCACGGGCACAAAAUCCCCUGUUUCCUCAACUGUUUGCAUGUGGGCGGAACAAUUAGAACAUGUCAGAAGUUCCUGAUCCGAUACAACAGACUGCAGCUCCAUCGAAUGCUCCCUCAGUGUAAAAACAAAGAAGAAGAAGAACAGAUUCGCAGUGCAAUCCUGAAGUGCAGACUGCCAGGAAGAAAGAAGGAGGCUUUUGAAGACGAGUCGGCGAGUGAUGAAGAAGAGUCACGUGCAGUAAAAGGUGGCAGCGAUGAUGCCUGAUUGUUCUUGUUAAGGGACUGAGGGACAAGAAGGUGAUGAAGAAGAAAAACGCACAAAACCCUGUGGAAACGUGGUUUAGUGCAGCCGCUCGGAGCGUUUUGCACUGAACAAAACCCACAGGAUGUUCAUCACACUUUGUCACGUUAAUCAUUAAUAUCUUGGCCGCAUGUUUGAUCCUCAGAGCAGCUAAUGAGUUAAUAGUGUGAAGUGUUUCCAAAAAUAAAACACGCACACACCAAAACCAGACUGUGGUUUAAAGUCUGAAGAAACAGUUUUUGUUUAAACUAAUUAAUUUUAUAUUUAUACCAUGUUUAUGCUCAUUUCUAGUUUGUUUACAAAUAAAAGCAGUAUUUUUUAAGAUAACGUAUUUGUCAUGGUGUUCUGCACUCACGUGUAUGUAAACAUGAAUAAAAUCAGUGGCACACAGUGAA